AUCAAACUACAGUUUACCUCAAUAUACCAUCCGAAAUCCAAUGGUAUGGUCGAAUCUGUCAAUAAAGCUAUCCUAGAGGGAACAAAGUCGAGGUUGGAGCAGCACAAGUCCAGGUGGGCAGACGAGCUCAACAACGUCUUCUGGGCAUAUAGAACUACGAGCCGAAGUGCCAUAGGUGAAACACUCUGCCACCUGGCCUUUGGUACCAAAGCAGUCAUUCCUAUUGAGAUAGGAGUCCCAAGCUUCAGGGUCACCCAUUUUGAUGACGGACGAAAUGGAAAACUACUUUGGGAGAACCUUGAUCUACUUGCCGAAGUCAGAGGAGAAGCACGAUUUCGAACUCUAGUAUACAAGCAGAAAUUAGAUAACUUCUACAACAAACAAGUUCACCCUCGAACAUUCAAAGUAGGAGACCUUGUUCUCAAGAAGGCUGGUUUAACAAGGUUUGAAACUCAUUUUGGUAAAUUAGCCUCGAACUGGGAAGGCCCUUACACAGUGGCCAAAGUGCCACAUCUUGGUGCCUAUUUCCUCCAAGACAUGGAAGGAAAGAGAAUUCCUAGAGUCUGGAAUAUCAAUAACAUGAAGAAAUUUUAUUCUUAAUAUACUUCUUUCAAGUGAUCUUUGUCCUAUCCUUCUUUAUAAUUAUUACUUCUUCAUUUUGAGACCCAUUUCAUCUCUUAGUCUGUAUCUCCGAGGUUAAUCUAUUUGGAAUUUAUUUCUCGGACUUCACUUUUAUUAAUGAAUUUCAAUUCACAUU